GCCAGCCGCCGCGGCUGCAGCCUCCGAAGGGAGGCUGGGGGAGCCGGCGUGCGCACUUUCCCGCAGACUUUCGGAGUGUUUGUGGAUUUACAUGCCAAGCCAUCAAGAUGAUGUCUAUGAACAGCAAGCAGCCUCACUUUGCCAUGCAUCCCACCCUCCCUGAGCACAAGUACCCGUCGCUGCACUCCAGCUCUGAGGCCAUCCGGCGGGCCUGCCUGCCCACGCCGCCGCUGCAGAGCAACCUCUUCGCCAGCCUAGACGAAACGCUGCUGGCGCGGGCAGAGGCGCUGGCGGCCGUGGACAUCGCCGUGUCCCAGGGCAAGAGCCACCCUUUCAAGCCAGACGCCACGUACCACACGAUGAACAGCGUGCCAUGCACGUCCACGUCCACCGUGCCGCUGGCGCACCACCACCACCACCACCACCACCACCAGGCGCUCGAGCCCGGCGACCUGCUGGACCACAUUUCGUCGCCCUCGCUCGCGCUCAUGGCCGGCGCGGGGGGCGCGGGCGCGGCGGGCGGCGGCGGCGGCGCCCACGACGGCCCGGGGGGCGGCGGCGGCCCGGGGGGCGGCGGCGGCCCCGGCGGCGGCGGCCCCGGCGGCGGCGGCGGCGGCGGCGGCCCGGGCGGCGGCGGCGGCGGCCCGGGCGGCGGGCUGCUCGGCGGCUCGGCGCACCCGCACCCGCACAUGCACGGCCUGGGCCACCUGUCGCACCCGGCGGCGGCGGCCGCCAUGAACAUGCCGUCGGGGCUGCCGCACCCCGGGCUGGUGGCGGCGGCGGCGCACCACGGCGCGGCGGCGGCGGCGGCGGCGGCGGCGGCCGGGCAGGUGGCGGCGGCGUCGGCGGCGGCGGCCGUGGUGGGCGCGGCGGGCCUGGCGUCCAUCUGCGACUCGGACACGGACCCGCGCGAGCUCGAGGCGUUCGCCGAGCGCUUCAAGCAGAGGCGCAUCAAGCUGGGCGUGACGCAGGCCGACGUGGGCUCGGCGCUGGCCAACCUCAAGAUCCCGGGCGUGGGCUCGCUCAGCCAGAGCACCAUCUGCAGGUUCGAGUCGCUCACGCUCUCGCACAACAACAUGAUCGCGCUCAAGCCCAUCCUGCAGGCGUGGCUCGAGGAGGCCGAGGGCGCGCAGCGCGAGAAAAUGAACAAGCCCGAGCUCUUCAACGGCGGCGAGAAGAAGCGCAAGCGGACUUCCAUCGCGGCGCCGGAGAAGCGCUCCCUCGAGGCCUACUUCGCCGUACAGCCCCGGCCCUCCUCCGAGAAGAUCGCCGCCAUCGCCGAGAAACUGGACCUCAAAAAGAACGUGGUGCGGGUGUGGUUUUGCAACCAGAGACAGAAGCAGAAGCGGAUGAAGUUCUCCGCCACUUACUGAGGGGGGAGUGGGAGGUGCAGGGCGGGGCAGAGCGGGAGCCCAAGGGGCUUUGGGGGGCCUUUCCCUGAGCCCGUUUCCUCCUAGAUCUGGAGUGUCCGUUACCUUGCUUGCAUCUGGGGAGUCCCUCCGAGCGCACUCUCCUCCACCCCCUCUCCGCUCUCCCUGCCCUUUACCCUCCCCAGAGAAGCGGACUGGGGUGCUGGGUGUGGACACCCGAGAGCCAGGCGCGGGGGGAA